AUGACUACGGCCUCCGUCCUUGAAGGAACCGUCAGAGCCACUCAAUUUGUCGGUAACAUCGCCUUGAGCCCAGCUCUUACAGCAUCUGCACUUGUACUGCUCGCCUUCGCCCCCCCGCACAUAGUUUCUCGAGUCACCGGAUUCAAGUUCAUCCAGAAAUAUGUGGGAAUCUCUGGCCUCAAGAUAGCACUUCGAGUUCUUCUCGGGCUCGGACUCGUGCGAGCUUUGAACAGAUUGCAGAACAUUCGCGCCAGCAAUAACUGGAGGCUUUUGGGUCAUGGCGGAUGGAACUGGACCGAGGAGAUUGCUGUCGUCACAGGUGGUUGCAAUGGAAUUGGCAAGGCCACCGUUCUCGGGCUUGUCCGGAAGGGCGUCAGAGUUGCCAUCCUUGACGUGGCAGAUCUACCGGCGGACCUCGCGCGGUUGGAUACGGUCUUCUACUGGAAAUGCGAUAUCACAUCACCACAUGCCGUCAAUGAAGCGGCCGACAAAAUUCGAGAGAACCUUGGUCAUCCAUCCAUACUUAUCAACAACGCCGGCAUCACCAACAAGUCCACCAUUCUCGACUCGGCGCCAGAGAAAGUAGCAAAGGUUUUUGGCGUUAAUAUUCUUUCGCACUGGUACACUGUCAAAGCGUUCCUACCGACAAUGAUCCUCCGGAAUAAGGGACACAUCGUCACCGUCGCCAGCGUGGCGUCAUUCGUCGCUUUGCCCACCGAAGUCGAGUAUUCCGCGUCAAAAUCGGCGGCAUUAACUUUUCACGAGGGGCUCUCCUGCGAAGUCAAGAACGUUUACAAAGCACCAGGCGUGAUGACGACUGUGGUUCAUCCCAUACUUCAGCAGAAGAACUGUUCGUUCAGCCGACGCGGCCAGCGCAUGGGCCGCCCGCCGAGAAUGAGAAAGCUUCCUUACGGGUCUUGCGAAAUCAUCAACUUUGAUGAUGACAGUGGGGAAGAUCCCAAGCAAACGACCAAUUCUCCAGCGUCAUCGGAUUUGAGCUGUCCUUCUCCCUCCUACGACACCGAGAGCGAGAGCCUCGAAUCCACGGACCUCGAUCCUUGUAGACCCGUCGCAUACUCGUCAGGUUUACCCUAUUCUUCUUUAGCCGAUCUAUUCAGCUUUAUCGAGGCCAUCUACGACCUCCCCAUUGCCCUACCACACAACCUAGACCGCUCAUCAUCGGCCAGCCCCCACAAUCCUGUUCACGACAUUUUAUCAAAUCCAGAGCUAUUUUACAAGUUUCACAGCGACUUUGUGAUUGGACCCACCUUCUCCGACCCUUUCCGCCAAGCCAUCAUGAUCGUACUUAACCGCUCAGAGGGCGUCGUCUUAGACGCAUACUCAACAGUCACGUCUCUGUGGGAUGCGGGGAACAACAAAAUCAAAGCCUUUGACGAGAUGGAUUUGGGCCAAGGUUCUCGAUGCCUCAAGAAGUUGCAAACCCCAACUAUUGCCCAUCCCGAAGACGCUGCCGCUGUUAUAAUGCUGGGACAGAUCUUGGUAGUUUAUCAUAUCGCUGUCCUGGGCACGUCUUCGCACGCAAUCGUGAGACGAUCAUUACUCCUAGCGAAAGAUUGGUAUCCGUGGUUGCUCAACGAAUCCGCCCUACACCCCAUUACAAUUACACCCAUUCUUGUCGACACGGUGGAGUCUCUCGUCAAGAGAGAGAUCCCUGUUGUGCGAGCCCCACCUGACCCCGACUGCUCUAUUGUCGACAGGUCAGCAGGGCUCUGCGUCGGCCUCUUACAUCUCCAAUACGAAGUGUGCAGAAUCGGCCACCUAGCCAAGACUUCGACGGUUGCCGCAGAAAGCGGCGCCGUGGAACCCACCUCUACCAACCGCUAUGUCGGCAUGUACGGAGAAGAGCUGGAAGCCGUCAGGACGCAGGUCCUCAACUGGGAGCCCAGGCCCCCGAAAACCUUCUUUACAAGGUACACCCAACAUGAGGUGUCAGCCAUGAUGAUGCAAGCGCGGGUCUAUCGCCUAGCGACCUUGCUGAUCAUCCAUCGCCUUCGGUAUCCUCUUGGGGUCGAGGAUGAGCCUGCCGAGCGAUUGGCCAUGGCUAUUGCUGCUGAGCUGGAAUGUUUUGUGCAAUGGGUUCCUGAUGAUAUGAAAGGAGUAUCGAUCGGGUUUCCGCUGCUGGUCGCCAUGUUAGAAAUAGAUCAUAUCAGCGAAGACGCCAUCCGCUACGUGUCGCCACUCACCGCGCAGCCGACGUACGUCGAACAACUGAGGGCUUUUGUCCGACUAACCAGAGCAGCGCGGGACAUGGGGUUUUGUGGUUUGUGGUUUUGCUUAGUAGAGAAGGGGCUUUCGAUACCUGUGUUAGCUUAG